AUGGCCGCUUCUGAUGGCGCUUCUGCAGAGAGAUCUUUCAGGGCGCUGAUGUCAAUGGAAGAUUUUUCAAAUUGCCUCAGGCUCCAGUGGCAGUAGUCGUCAAGACUGUCUUGAUGGUUGCGUGCCCGCAUUUCUGAAUGCAGCACCAGAUCUCCAAUUGGGCUUCUAAGUUCUUUCUCAAGUAUAUUUCAUGAGCGAGUGGAGCGCCCCUAUGAGCGAGUGGAGCGGGGCGAUUGUGUUCAUUGUUCCGGGGGCCUCUCGGAAUGCUGUCAGGCACAUAAUGUCACUUUGAAGAUGCUUUGAUGAUCUGAUCAGUCACGACACACAAUGGCCCAAGCAAGGCUGCGGCCGCUUUCCGGCGCCUCCCUUACUUCCUGCUUCUUGAACGAAGCUUCUGGGCCCAGCUUGCCGGACAGCCACCGUCAGAUCUGCGGACCGUGUCUGUUGCGUGGGCGCAUGCUGACAGCUGGCAGAAGUGGCACCGAGAAGAAUGGUCGCUUUGGUGCGCGGGUUGUGGUCGCUGUCGCAGACGCGGUCAAUGUCACCGAGACUGCCUCGCAGAAAGGGACUCAGCGGACGGCAGGCGGUAGAGCGAGGAAGAACUCAGGGGUGCCAACUAGGCGCGGCGAGGAUCUAGACGAGGGGGUGUUCGACAGAGCUGUCCUUGCACUUACCGACUCGAGCAAGCCGAACAAAGCAAGCACACCGAAGGGGCGGAGGCCUAGUUCUACAGAUGUGGACCUAGUGUCUGCCUUGGCAAACCUGACAACCAGAAAGAAUGCAUCCAAUGCAAGGGGCGAGGUGGAGCCCAAUGCAGGGGACCCUCGAGGGAAAAGGCAGGUUGGGAAGAACGUUGUGGCCUGGCUCUCUCGAGGAAUGUCGCAAAUGGCAACAGAGCUUCUGGACGAAUCUAGUUCGCUGCAAGCACGGGUUAGGGAGCCCAACUUCUCGCUAGUGCUAGCGGCGCAGCAGUACCUGUGGAGAAACAAUCAGCCAAUGGGGGAGGAGGCAAAGUGCCAGGUGGCAGCGACCCAUUUGCCGACGCUGUGGGACCAUCUGCAGAGGGAGGUGCGCAUCAUUCUGAGCAGGGAGGGCAGCCCGGAGAAGAAUGAGGCGUGGCGCAAAGUCAAGGCCCUUGCGUGGAGACCCGAACACAAGGCCUCCGCCCGCAAAGGCACCCCCGCCGCUGCCCCUUCUCUGGGUCCCACCCGCGAACAACUUCGUGCGGUUCAGGCCAGGGUGGACGAGUUUGUGAAGAAGGCGAGCGAGUUGUUGGAGAUCGAGAGGGCUGCGGAAGUCGAGGCGACGAAGCGGGCGCUCGACGGGGCGGAGAUGCCGGUUGAGGAAGAAGACCGGGACAACAGCCUGCGGAAGAUUGUCGUGGUGCGCUCGUAUACAGGCCUCGGUGGGCAGCACCUAGCGCAGCUGCGCAGCGUCGGCCCCCCCGGAAAGAAGCUCCCCCCUUCCGCAAUUAGCCCAGGGGAUCUGGUUUACCUGCGCCCCGAGGGUUCGGCGGGGCCGGGGUGGGGGGAGGAGAUGCGGGGCACCGUGCAAUCAUUGGGACAGGACGGGGCGACCAUUUCGAUUGCACUCGAAAAGAGGCAUGGGGACCCCGCGACCGCAAAGCUGUUUGGGAGAGUGCUGAGGGUGGAUCGCGUCAGGGAGCUGGCAGAUGGGGUUACAUACGAGCGCAACCUGGCCGCCCUCAAAGCGCUUCAGAAGGGCGGCGUAAAGGCCCCCGCCGCGCGCGUCAUCCGAACGCUCUUCGGUGACGGCCUCAACAUCGUCGAAGCCCCCGGGGGGAUCCCCCAACCCACAUCCCAAACCCCAAACCCGACCACCCCCACGGAAGCAGAACCCGAGACUCCUCCAAACACAGCCCCAAAGCUCAAGUUGCUGUUGAAAGAGUCGCAGAGUCGUAAGGGGGGGGUGCGACACCCCGAGGCGGAUUUCGACUAUUUGGACGAAUCGCAGCAGGGGGCCGUUCGGAAGGCGUUGGAUAGGGAGGGGGCCGUGACCGUGAUUCAGGGCCCCCCCGGAACGGGGAAGACGGUCGUUGUGUGUGACAUCAUCGCAAAGGCGGUGGCGCGGGGGGAACGGGUGCUCGCGACGGCGCCCACCAAUGCGGCCGUGGAUAAUAUGGUCGAGAAGCUCUCAACAAUGGGCUUGAACGUCGUCCGUGUCGGCAACCCGCAGCGCAUGACCCCCGCCGUCACGAGCCGCGCACUUCAGGUGCAGGUCGACGCGGAGCUGGCCGACUGGCGGCGCGACAUGGCGCGGCGGCGCGCAGACGUCCGGGAAGAUAUGCGCGCGUGCGCACAGGACGAGGAGAUGGUGGCGGGGCUCAAGACGAUGCUGCGCAAGAUGGGGCGCACGCUCAAGACGACGGAGCGGCAGACGGUGAAGCUGAUUCUGAGCCAGGCCCAGGUGGUGCUGUGCACCAACUCGGGUGCGGCCGACUCGCUGGUGCAGAACGAGGGGCCGUUCGACAUGGUGGUCGUGGACGAGGCGGGGCAAGCCACCGAGCCAAGCUGCUGGAUCCCUCUGCUGCAGGGCAAGCGCGCCAUUCUGGCAGGCGAUACGUGUCAGCUGGCGCCUACUGUCCUGAGCCGGGAGGCGAUGGAGGGCGGCCUCGCCGUCAGUCUGAUGGAGCGCGCGAUGAGCCUCUACCAGGGCCGACUGCACUCUAUGCUCCAGGUGCAAUACCGUAUGAACGCCGCCAUAGCCGACUGGUCCUCCGUCGAGCUAUACAAUGGGCAAGUACGCUCUGCCCCCAUGGUUGCGAACAAAGUGCUGGCGGACAAGCCGGGCGUUGCCAGCACCCCGACCACUCUGGCCCCGCUCCUCCUUUUGGACACGAGGGCUCCUCGGGGGAGUCUACUGAGGGGAUGCGAGGAGUCGCUUGACGGGAGCGGGAGCGGCUCCUUGUUCAACGAGGGCGAGGCCACCAUUGUCGUCUCCCACGUGUUGGAGUUACUCGCGGCGGGGGUCCCAGGACCCGCAAUCGCAGUACAAAGCCCGUAUUUGGCGCAGGUCGAGUUGCUGCAAGCGCGUCUGGCGCAGCACAAGGGAACGGAGGGGGUUGAAGUGGCAAGUAUCGAUAGCUUCCAGGGGCGUGAAGCGGACGCGGUUAUUAUCUCUAUGGUUCGGUCCAACCCGUCCGGCAUUGUGGGCUUCCUGGGCGACCACCGGCGCAUGAACGUCGGCGUCACGCGCGCGCGCAUGCACGUGGCAGUUGUCUGCGACAGCAGCACCGUCGGGCGGAACCCAUUCUUGCUGCGCCUAUUGCAGCACAUAAAGCGAAGGGGCGAGGUGCGCAGCGCCGCAGGGGGGGACCCUCAGGGCUCGGAAUAUGCCCCCCCGCUGCCCAUGUCCAAGUGGAAGGGGCAGGGCAACGGGCUGUAUACGUCCAACUAGGAUAGGAACAAUUUGCAGGUGUAUCGAUAUUCAGGGAAUAAAUUAGCGGCUCGCUCUGGCUGAGUUUGAGAAAGUCAGGUGCUUUCCGCUGCAGAAAGCUGGCUCAGGGAAAGGGGUUGCCCCGCCCUGAAGUCGGCACAGCUGCGCAAGGUGUUGUUGCGAUAGGAUCCGCCCAUGCACAGGCAAAGGUAGCUGUACAGGCCGCGUGUAUGCGGAGAUUGUUUGGAAACGAACUUGGUACGUUUAGGAACAAGAAGCGCGGCAUGUGCAGCUUAAAUGCAGACACACUCUUUUUCAAGCUAGACUCACGAGUUGACAUAGGUAAUGCAACAGGUCGGGAUUUGACUGCAACGCUUAUGUAUGGGCAUUGCGCCGACAUUGGACGCUCCGGUAUUUACAGUCUCAAGUAUCUCAAAGCAGGAUUGCGUAAAGCUUCGCGACAUGCUCGUGACUCGAACCUAUCAUUUCAGUUGCC